AUGAGGUGGAAUAUUCAACGUGUUCAACCUUCUGAUGUUGCAAGAAGUGUAGUAGAUACUGAAGAUUCAAUAAAUAUAGAGCUUGAACAAGGAAGACUAUUGAUACCGAAACCGCACACGAAUAAUUUAGCAACUCAAGAAACAUUGGAACAGCAAAUAAUCAUGAAUAAUAAUGAUGCAGAUGUACUAACCCAAGUUUUGCCAAGAUCAACAUGUUCAAAACGAAAAACUGAAAUGAAUGCCAAUGUCCAUAAGCGUCAAAUAUGA